AUGGUUAAAAGUAGCCAAAAGCCUAGGGUGAUUAUUGAGAUAUAAAAGAAAAGAUUAAUACCGUAGAAAAAAAAUUUAAGCGAAUUAGAAGAAGAGAAAGAGGAAAAAGAAAUUAUUCAAAAACCUUAGAUUAGAUAAAAAGGAGUAUCAUACAGUAAUCUAGGAAACUACUGUAUCUUUGAUGACUUAGUAUAAUAUUUGGAGCAUGAGACCAAACUUAAUUUGCACGAUCAGGAAAUAUUGACGAAAGAUCAAACUAGAAUUAGAAAUGAGAUUUUGUUUCCAUUUCUUAAAGAUAAUGCAGUAAUGGAAGAUAAAAAUGAUACGCUGCUGCUAGAGAAGGAAAGAGUUUAGGAAUUCUUGAAUAUACUAGCCUCAAUGUUUUCUGAGAUCAAAGUGAUAGCAUUUAAUUAUCCUGCUAUUACUUUUAAGAAAUGGGUUAAUUACAAACCAUAAAUGCAUUUAAAUGAGAACAUUAAGCCAAUUUUACUGAUACGUAGACAUGACUUGAACCUACAUAAAUAUGACACUAGGAAUAAAAACUUGCUGAAGAUACUUGAACAAUCCGGGGACUACAUUGACGAAAUCGAUUUAGACAUGCUACGCAAGAAAUAAAAAUUAGAUAUGCAGAAUUACAAAUAACCCUAGCCAAAAUGGAUGAAUUUUGCUUGGGAUGCUUUUAGAAUCGUAGAUAAUCAUAGCAAGAGUAUGAUAUUUAUGAUGCCUGAUGAGCCAAAAAAUGAAGAGUAUCUUGACUAUAUCAAAUGUGUUGAUAAGCCUAUAUCACUUGAAACUAUAAGGAAUAAGUUGAAUAUGAGGCACUACACUGUUUUUGAAGAAUUUAUAGAUGACAUGAAUACUCUAUUUGAUAAUUGGAUUAAGUUUAGAGGAGUGGGUAAUGAAUUAUUUAACUUUUAACCAAAUUUAGAGCAUAAAAUGUUUAAAUACUGCGAUGCGGUUCAGAAAAGAUUUGAUAAAUUCGUAGAAAAAGCUAAGCAAAAGAGUAAACAAGAUUCUUGA